AUGUCGUCUGUCGGAACUAAGAUCUGGCUUGCGGUAGCGGCCACUGCGGUGGUGACUGCAGGGGCCGUUGAAGCGUUGCACCAAUACCGUUCUACACAACGAGGUAAAGCUGGCUCAUCGUCUUCAUCAAGCACCCCACAAAGAAAGUUAAUCCAAGAGACUAAUACCGAGUAUUCGGAAGAGCUUAUUCAAGAACAGUUGGCAAGAAACUAUGCGUUUUUAUCGCCUGAAGGUAUGGACAAGGUCAGGAACCAGAACAUUGUUAUUGUGGGAGCAGGAGGAGUUGGAUCGUGGGUGAGUACGAUGUUGGUUAGAUCGGGUGUGGGUAAGAUCAGAAUAAUCGAUUUCGAUCAGGUUUCGCUCAGCUCUCUAAACAGACACGCUGUUGCCACUUUGCAGGAUGUCGGGAUUUCAAAAGUAGACUGUUUGAGAAAUCAUUUAUUACAAAUUGCUCCAUGGAUUAAGAUUGAAACCAAGAAUCAGUUAUGGAAUCUAGCCUCGGCACAAGAAUUGAUCUUUGGUGACGACUUCCAACCAACGUAUAUCGUGGACUGUAUUGAUAAUAUCGAUACUAAAGUUGACUUAUUAAGUUUUUGUUAUGAAAACCAGUUACCCGUUAUUUCGUCGGGUGGAGCAGCUUGUAAAUCAGACCCCACUAGAAUCAAUAUAUCAGACAUAUCCAAAACUGAGGAAGACCCGUUAUCUAGAUCUGUUCGUAUUCGUUUAAAGAAAAAGGGUAUAAUCACCAGUAUCCCCGUUGUAUUCAGUGCAGAAAAACCUGAUCCAAGAAAAGCUCAAUUGUUACCAUUAACAAAUGAAGAAAUACUGAAAGGUGAAGUCGAGCAAUUGGCUGCCUUACAAAACUUCAGAGUCAGAAUCCUUCCAGUUUUAGGUACUAUGCCAGGAAUGUUCGGUCUCACCAUUGCUACAUACUUAAUCACCCUGAUUUCCGGCUAUCCAGUGGAACCUAUUGAAGGUAAAAACAGAUAUAAGAUCUACGACGGCAUAUUACAAAGUUUGGCUGGUCAACAAAGCCGUUUGGGUUACUUGGAUCAAAGAAUGCCAAUCUCCUUGAACGACGUCAGCUACAUCUUGGAAGAAGUCUUCCAUGGUAAGUCCCCAAUUUCUAACUACUCAACCAGGCUUACCUUGAGUAGAUGGGAUCCUUCCAAAGAAUUGAAUUACCAAAACAUUGUGAUUAUGACCAAAGACGAACAAAAAAGACACGAAGAAAAAAUUUUGAAAGGUGACGAAAAAUUAGAAGACGUUUAUUCUCUGGAAGUCAUCAAAAAAGUCAAACAAAGAUUUGCAGAAGAGCAUUUCUACUCUCAAUUUCGUUAA